GGGCCGAACCUUCUCAGUCUCCCGGCAGAUCCUCACCUCCUUAUCGGCCUGACAUCCUGAUCAAAGGGGACAGUGCGUCGGAAAAAACGCACUUUUUUAAAAGACCCUACUGUACAAUUCCAGACUCUUUCUGAAAACAUUAACCAAAGAAAUGGGGAACCGGGUGGCUCGUGAGGACUACGAAUGGGUUUAUACAGACCAACCCCAUGCCGACAGGAGGAAACAAAUUCUGGCCAAAUACCCAGAGAUCAAGUCCCUGAUGGGUCCAGACCCCCGCAUCAAAUGGAUAGUGUGCAUGAUGGUGGCUAUACAGUUUUUAGCUUUUUACCUGGUCAAAGACUUGGACUGGAAGUGGGUGUUGUUCUGGACUUAUGCCUUUGGCAGCUGUGUGAACCACUCUAUGACCCUAGCUAUUCAUGAGAUCUCCCACAACACAGCCUUUGGAAACAACAAGGCCAUGUGGAACCGCUACUUCGCCAUAUUCGCCAACCUGCCUAUAGGCCUGCCCUACUCAGCCUCUUUCAAGCGUUACCACCUGGACCACCACCGCUACCUGGGUGGGGAUGGCGUCGAUGUGGACAUCCCCACUGAUUUCGAAGGCUGGUUCUUCUGCACACGCUUCCGCAAGUUUAUCUGGAUUAUCCUGCAGCCAUUGUUUUACGCCAUCCGUCCCCUCUGCAUCAACCCCAAGCCCAUCACUCAGCUGGAGCUUAUCAAUCUGACCAUCCAGCUCACCUUCAACGUCUUGCUUUACUGGCUAUGGGGAGCCAAGCCGGUGGUCUACAUGCUGGCUGGGUCCAUGCUAGGGAUGGGCCUGCAUCCCAUCUCCGGGCACUUCAUAGCUGAGCACUACAUGUUCCUCAAGGGCCAUGAGACCUACUCAUACUAUGGCUCUCUGAACCUCCUCACCUUCAACGUGGGCUACCACAACGAACACCACGACUUCCCCAGCAUCCCAGGACGCAGACUGCCAAUGGUCAAGAAAAUUGCAUCGGAGUAUUAUGACGACUUGCCCCAGUACACUUCAUGGGUCAAGGUGCUGUACGACUUCAUCAUGGACGACACACUGAGCCCAUACUCCCGAGUCAAGAGGAAGCUGAAAGGAGACGUAAAGCAGGAGUAACCCCGAACCAUCACCGCAGCUCCUCUUCACCACCCAAUGAAAUUAACAGCUUUGCAUUUUAAUACACUUGAGCAUAUGAAUUAACAGGGGGCGCUGGGAGUGAGCUCCCCCUCAGCAACAAGAGGACAAACUCAGUCAUUUGUUGUUAAAAUCAGAGAAGCAGGUGCUCUCAUGCUGAUUAUAACUCAAGUCAAGUGCUCUGAGUGUGACAGUGUUUGGUGUGUGUGUAUGUGUGUGUGUGUGUGCGUGUGUGCGUGUUGGGCUGAACACACACUCUGCAGUGUCCAUCCAGCAUGCAUGCAGUUUCACCAGAACAAAAUCAGAGUGAAUUAAAGUCAUGGUAACUGAACUGCUCUACUGAUGUCCACUGAUGUGUCUCUACAGCUCACUGUCAGGAGGUUUUGGUUCAUUUAUACCCCCCUUCAGGAUGAAUUUUGAUAAUUUUGUUUCCCCUAUCAUCCCUAGCCAAAAAAUUCACUCAUCUGGUUGAUUGGUUUAUCACCAAACGCCUCUAAAGAACGGCUCAUGUCCACUGUAUGCAGAAAAUUACACUUGUGAUGAAGCAUUCACAGAGUAGGGGUCACCACUAGAGCUGCAAGGAUUGAUCAUUAUGUACUCAAUAAAAUGACAACUAUUUGGAAAUCACAUUAUCUUUUGAGUAGUGAUUGAAGAAAAGUAGAAAUUUGUAGAUGGAAGCUUCUUAAAUGUGCGUAGAUGUUUUCUGUCUCCCUUUGUGACAGUAAACUGAACAUCUUGUGGUUAAGGACCAAACUACGCUUUGUGUUUUUUUAUAGUUCAAACAAGUAAUGGAGUAAUCAAGAAAAUGGUCUUUCAAUUCAUUCAAAGUUCUCUACUGUGUGGUUUGUGGAAUAAGAACUCCUUAUAAGUGUACCAGUGUCUUUAAAGCCCAGUUCAGACCAAAGAUUUGGAAACAAGCAGCAGUGUAAACCGGCCCAUACAGUUAGCAUGGAGUGUUAGCUUGUAUGUUUUAGCAUCAUUGUUUAUGGGCUGUAACUCACUUGUUGGCAAGAAGCUCUACUUUCCUGUGAUAAAAUUUGGUCUUAAAGUUUGUCAAUUCUGGGCUGAUAUGGCUAUGUUAAAAUUUGACUGUAUCCAAUGCUAAUACUAAUGUUUUCUUUUAUUUAGUACCUUGUUUUCAUGUUUUUCAUGUUCACAUCAGUGAACUUGAUGCAAAUCAGCUUUAGUUUAGACUUCACACUUGUUGAACUGUAUUUACUGUAGCUCUACUGAAUCAGAACUGAAUGGAGAGCAGUUACAGUCAGAUGCUGUGGCUCAGCUGUAAUGCGAUACACAUAUUAUAUUAGGAAGGAACCAUAACCGAUUUAAUGAGCCAUUCGCAGUUUCACUGUACUGGUCAUGUGUACUUAGACUUGCAUGGCUUAAUAUAUAUAACAGAUGAAAAUAUCAGGUCACUGAUAGUGGAGGGUCAGCUGUAGAUCCCUCAGUGCCACUGUUUCAUCAAUACUAGAAGUACAUCUACAGUCACUGUCCUCAUCCAUAUUUUCAUGAUGCUGUAAAUUUUAUCCAGAUGUAGAAAAGCCAGCAGUUAGGAAAGUGGGAGAGAGUUGUCUCUGUGGGAAUAAUGGUAUUUUAUAAAGCUUGUUUUGUGACUCUUUGGUCUGAAGUGGUGUUUCCUCCUCCUGACUCCAUCCAUUAGAGCAGUAAACUAAGCCCUGUAUCCCCAUCAGCCGGACCCGUCUGUCUGGGUUUGUUUUUGUUGUACAACCUGAUCCAGCUCAACAGCCUGCACAGAAUAACAGCGCAACCUGGUGCAUUCUGCAAUUGCAGCGAAUUGAGAGAAUGAGGACAUCAGAGCAGUUUUUCAGUUGGACAAUGGCCCAAAAAUGUUUGGGUUCAAGAAUUGCUGUCAUGCGACUGAUUUCAGUUUUAUGGGGAGGCUCGCGAUCGGUUGCUUUAAAGUACAACAGAAGUGAACCUGUUCAGGCCUGUGACCCUCGAUUCCUGUCGCUGUUCUUUGAGCUCGUCACACUCUAAAGCCUGUUGAUUAAUAUUCAUAAGGAAGAUUCACUGUUUGAGUGCCUCAGAGCUCUUGUUCUUAGCUCCAUGUUGGUCUACAUUUUUCAAUUUUAUGAAUUUAUUUCUCUGAAACACUGUAUGCCAAGAAAGAAAUAAAAUUGUGUUCAUUGUAAAAAUGCCCAAG